AUGAAGAAGAAAGAUCGAGGAGUUGUCACCAUCCCAUGCACCAAUGGAGAUAGGUCAUUCAAAAAACCUCUUAUUGAUUUAGGAGCUAGUGUGAGUCUCAUUCCUUUAUCCAUUUAUAAGAAAUUGGGUAUAGGGGUUGUGCAAGAUACCAGGAUGACACUUCAAUUUGCCGAUCAUUCGGCCAAGAAACCUUAUGGGAUAGUUGACAAUGUUCUAGUUAAUAUUGACAAGUUUGUAUUCCCUAUGGAUUUUGUAAUUCUAGAGAUGCCUAAAGAUGAAGACAUCCAUCUCAUUCUUGGGAGACCCUUUUUAGAGACAGGAAGAUGUUUGAUUGAGAUAGAGGAAGGUACCAUGACUUUGAAGGUCUAUGAUGAGGAAUUAAAAAUUGAUGUUCAAACAACAUGA